GAACAGUGUUUGUAUUACUAUAACAAAUUAGAAAAGAAAAUCAAAAGAAGAAACUGAGUGAAAUGGGUUCUUCUUCUUGGAUUAAAGUGUUGCUUUUUGUAGCUUUGAUUCUCCCAGCUUUGGUUGAAUGCAAAGUGAGGCACUACACAUUCCACGUGGAGACUAAGAACUUCACUAGACUAUGUUCAAGCAAAUCAAUUGUCACCGUUAAUGGGAAGUUCCCUGGCCCCACUCUUUACGCUAGAGAAGGUGAUAAUGUGCUGGUCAAAGUGGUCAACAGAGUCAACCACAAUGUUACAAUCCAUUGGCAUGGGAUUAGACAGUUGAGAACUGGUUGGGCUGAUGGGCCUGCAUAUGUGACACAGUGCCCAAUUCAACCAGGAAACAGCUUUGUUUACAACUUCACCAUAACAGGACAAAGAGGAACACUUCUUUGGCAUGCACAUGUUAAUUGGCUAAGGUCCACUCUUCAUGGAGCCUUGGUUAUCUUGCCCAAGAGGGGUGUCCAUUAUCCUUUCCCUAAGCCUGAUGAUGAAUUGGUUCUUGUAUUAGGAGAAUGGUGGAAAUCAGAUACCGAAGCAGUUAUCAAUGAAGCUCUUAAAUCAGGUUUGGCACCAAAUGUCUCAGAUGCUCAUACCAUUAACGGCCUUCCAGGGACAGUUACCAAUUGUUCUACACAAGAAGUAUACAACCUACCUGUGGAAAGUGGCAAAACCUACCUUCUGAGAAUCAUCAACGCUGCACUCAAUGAGGAACUCUUCUUCAAAAUCGCAGGCCACAAGCUCACCGUGGUUGAAGUUGAUGCCACAUAUGUCAAGCCCUUCAAAAUUGACACCAUUCUCAUAGCUCCAGGUCAAACCACCAAUGUCCUUCUAGAAGCUGACCAAAAAUCUGGCAAAUAUUUAGUUGCAGUCUCUCCAUUCAUGGAAGCACCAAUUGCAGUUGACAACUUAACCGCCACGGCAACACUUCACUACACUGGAAUUCUCCAAAAUACCCCUACAGUACUCACAACUCCUCCCCCCAAAAACGCGACAAAAAUAGCCAAUAACUUCCUUGAUUCUCUUAAGGCUCUUAACUCCAACAGAUACCCUGUCAAUGUACCGCACACAAUUGACCACUCGCUUUUCUUUACCGUUGGUUUAGGAAUUAAUCCAUGCCCGACCUGUAAAGCCGGGAAUGGAAGCAGGGCAGUUGCGUCCAUUAAUAAUGUGACGUUUAGUAUGCCAACUACGGCGUUGCUUCAAGCGCAUUACUUCAAUAUUAAGGGUGUUUUUACGACGGAUUUUCCCGGAAAUCCGCCGAUUGUUUUUAACUUUACCGGUGCCGGACCAAAGAAUUUGCAGACCACAGUUGGUACCAAGCUAUACAAGGUGAAGUACAAUGAUACUGUUCAGCUUGUGCUGCAAGAUACUGGGAUCAUUGCACCUGAGAGCCACCCGGUUCAUCUUCAUGGAUUCAAUUUCUAUAUUAUUGGUCGGGGAGUUGGGAAUUAUAAUAAUAAAACGGAUCCAAAGAGCUUCAACCUUGUUGAUCCGGUUGAAAGAAACACUGUUGGAGUACCAACUGGAGGCUGGGUUGCUAUUAGAUUCAGAGCUGAUAAUCCAGGGGUUUGGUUCAUGCAUUGCCAUCUGGAAGUGCACACAACAUGGGGACUAAAGAUGGCAUUUUUGGUGGAAAAUGGGAAAGGUCCUAAACAAUCAGUGAUACUACCACCAAAAGAUCUUCCAAAAUGUUAGACACACAGUAUAUCCAUCAAAUCAAAUCAAAUCAAAUAAUUAUAUGCAUAAGAGGGGGGAAGGACUUCCAAUUCAAAUUGAAGUGUUGGAAGGAUACAGAGAAGCCAGGCAAAAAAAAGAGAAUGAUCGGAAAGAAGGGGCUAUUUAAUAAGUGAGGCGGUUCAAUUUGUUUUUUUUUUUUUCUUAUAAAGUAAAAUAGGAGAAUUUGUCCAACAUGUUCAAUAAUAUGGACCGGUUAUUUUUAGUUUUGCUUAGACACAUUUUUUAGAGGCACUUAGCUUCAUAUAUGUAUGAAACCAAUAAAUGUUCGCUUUUGUUGUUUAU